AUGGACGUCAUGGACCGGCUCGUUUUCUCGGAUCUUCGCAAAGGUCCGUCUGGCACGCCAAUGACCCAGCGAACAGUCUUUGGUUGGACGUUGUUUGGGAGUGUCGAUGGCUCUCAUCCCGCUACGCCCCGAGUGCAUUCGGUGCAUUGUGAGGUGACACUGGAAAGGGCGCUAACCAGGUUAUGGGAACUGGAGGAAGCUCCACAAAAAACGCAUCUAACACACGAUGAUAGUUUCUGUGAAAACCAUUUCGAGUCAACGCAUCGAAGAGCUUCUGAUGAUCGGUUUAUAGUUGAGCUGCCCCUGAAAUCCGAUGUACCGUUGGGGGACUCGCGAACUUUCGCCGUUCAGAACCUGAUACGCCUCGAAAGACGACUCGCCCGCGACAACGACUUGCGUGUACGUUACAAUGAGUUUAUGCAGGAGCUCAUUGAUAUGCGUCAUAUGGAGCCUGCGUCCAAAACUUCGAUUCCAGUCUAUUACAUGCCGCAUCAACCAGUCGUAAAAGAGUCAAGUGUUACGACGAAACUGAGGGUCAUAUUUAACGCAUCUGCCAAAAGCGCUACCGGAAACUCGCUCACCGACGCGUUAUUUGUCGGACUCCAGCUGCAGCAGGAUUUAUUUUCCAUUUUGACACGUUUUCGUACUCAUCGGUACGGUGUUACGGCUGACGUCGCAAAGAUGUACCGUCAAGUCUGCGUCUCCCCGAAACAUAUUGAUUUACAACGGAUCGUCUGGCGUCGUGACCCCUUACUACCGAUACAAGACUACCACAUGUUGCGCGUGACAUAUGGAGUAGCAGCGGCAUCACACCUAGCUGUAAAGUCUCUUCAACAGACCGCAAGGUACUCGUCGAACAGUUGUCAGAAAGCCGUUGCUGUCAUACUAAACGACUUUUAUAUGGACGAUCUGCUCACUGGCGCAUCGUGUAGGAAAGAACUUCAGUCGCUGCAACAAAACGUUUCCGAGAUACUUAAAGAAGGUGGUUUUGAACUAAGAAAGUGGGCGUCGAAUUGCGCGAAACUAAAUAAAACUAUUUCGAACUCGUCCGAAUCUAUACCGUGA